AUGGCGAAUAAAAAGUUCAUUGUCGUGUGCACAGUUUUGUUUAGUAUAGCUACGGUAUCAGCCUUCGUUGAAGAGCUCGAUGACACGUUUAAACACACAAGAAAGCCUGAUGAGAUAUGGCUGAUAGGAUUCUACGCACCCUGGUGUACCUAUUGCAAGCAGUUGGACCCAGUGUGGUAUGAAAUCGGGGCGGAGCUGAAAAAUAUAGGAUCUCCAGUCAACGUGGGCAAGGUCGACGCAGACAUCCACACCAGUUUCGCAAAAGAGUUUCGAGUUACUGACUAUCCCGCUAUAAAGUUGUUGAAGGAUGACUUGAAAUACACCUACAGAGGUCCUAGAACCAAAGAUGGCAUCUUGGAGUUUGCAGACAGAGUAUCUGGACCUCUGGUGAGAUCACUGCCAAGCCAGCAGGUGUUUCAGAAUGUUAUGAGUAGACAUGACGUUCUCUUUGUCUACUUUGGUGGGCCGUCAGACUUGAAGGAGAAGUACAUAUCUGUAGCCAAGGAAAUGAUUGUUCAUACUUACUUCUUCUCUGCUGCAAGGAACAUUUUACCCAAGACGGUUACUCUCGAGGAAUACCCGGCUGUGGCAGUGUUCAAGGAUGGCACUUACUUCCUUUAUGAUGAACAACAGGAUGGGGACCUCACGUCGUGGAUCAAUAGAGAACGAUUCCUCAAUUACCUCCCGAUUGACAGCUACACCUUGUAUGCAAUGGGAGAUACAGACAAGCUGGUGGUUCUGGCUGUAGUGGAGGAGAAAACCCCUACUAAGGAGAGUAUCCGUUACAAGACCAUGGUGAAAAGAGUGGCCAGUGAAUACAAGGACUUCUAUAGCAAAGAAUUCCAGUUUGGACAUAUGGAAGGAAACGAGUACAUCAAUGGCCUCAUAAUGGAGGAAGUGUCCAUGCCCUUUAUCAUCGUGCUCAACUUGUCUAACGAUGGAUAUUUCUUGCCGCCCAACAAAGUGGAGACAAAGGACCAGCUGUUGAAGUUCAUCGAUGGCGUGUUGAAGGGCCGGAUUAAGAUUAUAUUUACCAAAGCACCCCUUCUGGGCAUCUUCCUCGUCUUUGUUUUUGGCUUUGUGGGGAGUACCUUCUGUUACGUCCUGUACAAGACCUGCCAUAUGGUUGGAUACGACAGCAGAGAUGAGGUGCACACUUAUGACCACGCCCCCUGA